UGGGACAGGGAGGGAUAAUGACAGAGACAUGAGGAAGGAAGUCGGAUACGGGAGACGGCGGAGAGCGUGUACGCUUUGGACAAGCGAACUCAGCACUGAAGAGAGACACGGGUGCUCUCCUGCCUGAAUAGUCGAGCCACCUCCUUCACCAUCUGCUAAACACCUGAGAUCCCUGAGAGUUUGGAGCCCUCCCCAUCCAGGUUUCGCCCUGGAGGCUGAAAACCUCAUUGAGGGUCCUGCAGGGGGGGACUGCUGUGGGAGUUGUUCACCUCCCCCUGCAACCCCUCUCGUAUCACCAGCGGAUGAGCCGAGCUUCACCACUGUGACACUGUGCCAAGAUGGAGAGGACAUAUGCCUGACAGCAACUGAUGGAGGUAUGGAGGAGAUGAGUGGUCAGAAUCCAGAAUGUGAAGACAUGCAGAGUAAAGACCAAAGACUGCCAAUUCAGAUCUUUCCUGACCCUGUUGAGGUUGUCCUGGACCCCGAGACCUCUCUGAACUGUCUGGGCCACGAGCACGAGAAGGAACGUCUACCCUCUAUUGUUGUGGAACCAACUGAGGUGAGCGAGGUGGAGAGUGGAGAGCUGCGCUGGCCUCCAGAGAACAUGGACAUGGAGGAAGAUGAGGAGGACCUGUUCUUGGAGCAGUGCAUCCCCCCGGCCAACAUUGCAGAUUGGGGAGAAGAGGAGGAGGAAGAAGAGACAUCGGUUAUACUGAAUCAGCAGCAAGGCUUGACACUCAUUGACCUUCAGUCGGAUGCAUUCAGAGAUGACACUCCUACACUUCCACCCAGCAGUGCUCCAGCCUUCAACUGAGCUUACCUCUGAGGACUCACCGUCUGUGAGAAACCAGCGAGGAAGCAUCGCAAUAUGUACUUAUGACAGCAACUAUGACAAAAUUAAACAAAUACUGUACUGAUAAUGUGUUUUACAUGGUAACAACUCCAUGCCAGCUGGGACUUUAAUGUUCGUCUUUAUACCAAUGCGCACAAUAAGAGGUGAACUAUGACAAGACUGCGUGUGCAACGGGAAGCAAACCCAUGUUCUUCCAAAGUCAGCAAUUUUUAGAAUUUCUAGAGAACAUUUUGCUGACUCUGUGCUUGAUCUUCUUUAUCAUUUCCUGAUUUUGUUAAAAACAGGAAAUCCUGCCACUCAAUUUUCCUCACACGUAUUUAUGUUUAUGCAAAUGUGUUUCUCUGUCUCUUUAAUUCAUUUUUCUGUCCCACAGUCAGUCUUCUUGAGGAUAUUUACCUAGUCAUACCUUUAGUAUGUAGUAUGUGUUACAGUACUGUAAACUGAGUUGGCUGUUCUCUGGAAACACAUGCAGUUCUGCUCUGAUAUGUCUUGAAUGUUUGGAGAAUCACAUUUUUAAAAACCUACUUUGCGUUAAAAUUCAGGCAUGAUAUUGUUCGAUUUAAACUCGUCUAUGAGGCAGCUACAUCAUGGGAGUGACAGAUGCUCACUGCUGUUGUGUAAUAUCAGCAUUUUCAACAAGGUUGCAGAAAUGUGAUGCAUGGUGAUCAACACAAAGGGAGCUCUACUUGUUUUCUACUACCACAGCUGAAACUCUAGUUCUUUUACUGUACUAUAGGUUGUGAGUAGGCUAAUUUGUGAAUAAUAUGUAUAUAUGAUAAAGAUGAUCUGUUACUGUAAAAUUAUUGUUUCAAGUUUGACAAUAAAGUCUUUUGUCCCGUUGAA